AUGUUGUUGGAGGUCAUCAUUUAUGGACCCAACGACCUUGUUUUGACUGCCUCUAGCAAUCAUGAAAUUUUGGUGAUAGAAGUUUUGAUCGAUAACUAUAUUGUGAAGAAAGUGUAUGUGGAGCCUAACAGUUCGGUAGAUGUCAUGUAUUACCAAAAUUUCGAGAAGUUGAAACUUACUAGGGAGCAGUUUACUCCCGUAAGGACUCCUCUCAUAGGGUUCGGGGGAUAUGUCGUUUACCCGGAGGGAAUGGUCACUUUGAUGGUGACCGUUGGCCGUCACUCCCGUUGCCGAACUAUUCCUGUCAAUUUUGCUAUUGUUAAGGUUGAUUCUCCAUACAACUUACUGAUAGGUCGACCCACGUUUAAUCCUCUAAAGGCCGUGUACUCCACCUAUCACAUAAAUUUUCAAUUUCCUACUCUGACUGGCAUAAUUGAAGUGAGCAGCGACGUAUGUGCUAUACGAGAAUGUUACCUUGCCACCAUGCACGUCGCGGUCAAUCCAGGCGCCGAGCCAAAGACUGGUGGAAAGGUCAAAUGUUCUCCUUAUAGAUUGUAUUGA